AUCAUAUUCUCUGCUUCGCUCAAAGUUAGCGGCAUCGAUAUCCUUUUCAUACCGCGGUCCGGUUGGGACCAUUUCAGGCUGCUUUACAUUGUUGUCGACCAGGGUCGGAGAUCGAUGUGGAUUAUGUCUGAGAAUCCUUCAGAAUAAUCAUGGCUGAAUAUUUUGACACCGCAGUGUGAUUCCUCGCAAGCUUGGAAUGGCCCUUUCCUAGUACUCGCACGUCAAUACUCCGUGAGGGCGGCAUAGAUUUUACCAGGGUGGAAUGUGUAAUGUUCCGAGAUUCAACCCUUCACUCUGGCACUGGGAAAUCGUGGUACAUUCCAACACCAUCAGCUAAACUGGAGGCUUAAAUCAUACGACUCGCCGAGUAUCUGUUGCAAGGCUGGUCGAGGCACGCGGGGUCCAACUCCCUCAAGACUGCGGAUCUGCAACACCAAUCAUGGAAGCAUCCAUUCCACUUUGCAAUCUGUGUGGUAAAGUACUUGCAAACAGCACUGGACGACGCCCGACGCCGCACGAAUAGGUCCUCACAACUGCGAAAAUUUUGCGGUUGUCCUAACAGAGAUACGCGUUGCCGAUUUACAAGUGUCUUUCUUCAUGGUUCAAGAGGACCUUUCGCGUGGAUUUCUGCUUAUGGAGCACACGAGUGUACCAGUAUCUGAUGCCAGGUCCUCAAUUCACCUACGGUCGUCCACCAUCUUCAAUUUCCCUAGGACUUCAUCCGAGACAUAUUGCAUCGCCAAACUUUUGCCAUGUUCUGGUCCUCCAGUUGCUCGUCCUUCCACCAUCUACAACCAUCACCGUCUAUGGCUUUCACACGUUCUGUACCGUCAAAUUGUGAUACUUGUUGCACGCUAGGUAAGAGCCCUUCGCUUAUCCAGCAGAGAAAAGAUAUAUAUAUCUCCCGCAUCCCUCGCAACUUCGACUUGUGUUCCUUCCUCUAUUCAAGCCUCCUUAGAUCCCUUGAAGUCUUACCCUUCCAAAGACAUGGGUUGAUUUAUCCCUAUUACCGUCACUGCUGCCAGCAUGCUCCUCGGCAAGUUGUGGGAAUGGGAACACAUUGUUCCAGAGCCGCCCAAGGACAAAACCCCAAGAGAUCAUGCCGUCCGCAUCUGGGCUGGGAUGGACUUCAACAAGGCGAACAGCAAGAAGAGCAGCUUAGCAGGCGGAAUCCCGGAAGUCGUGCUGUGGAAUGAACGUGGCGAUUACGCAGGCUAUGCCUACAACGAGGAGAAGAAGAUGAAGGGGGUUGGCGAGGGUGAUUUCCACGACGUCCUGGUCAACUACGAGAACCACAAUGCUCGCGCACCAUAUGUCCAACUGAGAGCUUCGAGCAACGACGCCAUCUGCGUCUCGGCCGUCCAGGUCAUGUAUCCCGACGGUGGCACCGAGAUCCUUCUCGGAGAUGUCCCGACCAAACUCUGUGGCUGGACAGGCUACAGAUCCAUGACGGAAAUCCCCCUUCCUGGCAGCGAUGGAUCAACCACAUACCAGCCCUGGUGUUUCCGGCUCGACGCCGACGACUCGUAUGGAAUCCCGGCGAAACUUGGAUCCUUGGCAAGCACAUGCCCAAAAGUGUCAGUUUCCACAUCAAGGACUUUGACGGCAACGGCACCAUGGAGGCGUACCAAAAGAACCCGGACUUGAUCUGCAACAGCGCGCCCCGCCUGUAUGCCAGCAACGACAAGCCCGACCAGCUUCACAUGUUCUAUCCGCCCCUGGUCUACCACGGACCCGAUGCGAACAAUCUCGACGAAAAGACCGUGGACAACUACGCUCGACCGCCAUCACCGGUAUAUUGGCCCAUGACAGAGAAAAAGCCGAAGCCCAAGGAGAAGAAGCUUCCCGACGACCUCUACCGUUCAGUCAAGCAGCGCGCCUCGGACGGUGAUGAUUCCGCCGCCGAAGCCGAAAAGGGCCCCAAGUUCCAGGGGAUGCACGAACUCUGGUGGACUCUUUCCAACAGCACAAUGUUGGACGAUACCGCCACAGUUCUCUGCGGCAUGCCCAAUAUCGACGGUCCCCACUGGGCCAGUCUGUAUGAUCGUAAAUUCUGCAAGAUGGACGACCAUACCCUGUGGGAUCUGUGUGACGAGACAAUUCGGUCCAACUGCUUCGACAUUGAAGCCCAACAGCUGUGGGGUGAGGCAGCUGUUGCUGCAAACGAUAGUAGUGCUGUGGGCCCGCUGGCGCUGAUGGCGGCGGUACCAAGCCCGAUACUGAAUUUGCAGUAUCGCUUGGAUAGGUGAUUUUGGUUCCGGGGUGGUCUGGUCUGCAUACCUCCGGAGGUGUCGCUCAUGGAUGGCGCUCUGGUUACGCUGGAAAUUCUUGCGCCGCAUUAAUUGAAGCUUUUUAUGUCUCACUUGAUCAAUAAGUUGGAGUUGAAUAGUGUCAUCGCAAAGCAUUGUUGUUGAAGAGCAAUGUUCAAUCAUUGAGCCGGGGCAGACGAGUCGUUUGAUAGCAGCCAUAUACAAUCAAUC